AUGGAAAACAACAUGGACAACGAGGCUCGCAUUCUGAAUCUUCAGAACCUGCUCUCUGUCCUACAGCUGGCAGUACAGUUUGCCCAGAAGUACUUGGCAAGGAGGCGCGAGAUUCUGCAAGCCUUCUGCAAUGUGAAUACCCUGCAACUGCGGCAACGGAAGCCGUACAUGGAGCGCCGGUUUUGGGUUAGACCGGGAAGAAGCAGCGCUUGGUGGGACAACUUCGUGGACCAAGUUGUUGUCGCCGAAGAAUGGUAUGAGAACUUCCGAAUGUCCAGAUCAGCACUGAUACACCUGUCGGAGCGACUACGUCUACAGCUGGAAGGGACAACCACGAGAAUGAGACGGCCCGUCGACCUUCUCACCAGGGUUGCAUGCACCUUGUACUACUUGUGCGAUGAGGGGCGACUUCGUAAAACUGCCAAUGCUUUUGGACUUUCCCGGUCAACUGUCUCUGUCAUCAUUCGUCAAGUGUGUAAGGCAAUAUGCACCACCUUGGGUCAUGAGUACAUCGUCACACCAAAGACGGAACCUGAGGUACAACGGCUCGUAGACAACUUCUACAGCAGUCACGGUAUGCCACAAUGCCUGGGGGCAAUCGAUUGCACGCACAUCGAAGUGAAACGACCCAGUACUGAUUCCACAGGGUUUGUAAACAGAAAGGGGAAACAUUCUCUGAACGUACAAGCACUGUGCGACUACAACUACUGUUUUAUGGACGUCUUGGUGAAAUGGCCGGGCAGUGUCCACGACGCACGCAUCUUCGCGAACUCUGUGUUGUGCAGUGAACUGAGAGAUGGGACAAUACCACCCUGCCCAAAAGAGUUGGUGGAGGGCGAGGAUGCGGUUCCUGCGUUCAUCCUUGGUGAUCCAGCUUAUCCCCUGCUGCCUUUCCUAAUGAAGGAAUACCCCAAUGGCGGAGCCACUCCUCAAGAACAGUAUUAUGGACUAACGCUGUGCAAGGCACGUAUGGUGAUAGAAUGUGCGUUUGGGCGCCUUAAGGCACGGUUUGCAGCUCUGAGGAGGCCUAUGGAUAUAAACCUGGAUGACCUUUACUAUGUGAUAUAUGCUUGCUUUGUACUGCAUAACUAUUGUGAACUGCAGAAGGAACCUCUGCCAGAGAGUAGUGUGACUGCUGCUACGCAAUAUGACCAAGAGUUUCAGCCACCAGCUGCAGCGGACAAAACACACGAAGCUGAAGGAAGGCGUGUGAGGCGUGUUGUCACGAUGUUUUUGGAUCCUUGA